CACUGUGGCACUGGGUGUAGUCUGCUCGGUCGUGUUCAUGGCGGCGGACACAAAGAGCUGAGCUCACUUGGACAAACUCAAGCUCUCUAACGAACCUUUCCGCAUGACCCACUGGCCGCUGGUGCUGCUUCCGUAUCACGUCAGUCGUUUCGCUGCCAGUUCGGAGCAACUUUGAACCACUUUAGACUCCUUGGAAACUUCGCACUAACAAGAGGACGACGCGGAGGAACGCCAAUAUGCCAGGUCUGCUCCGGGUUCCGGUCCCGGUUCUGGUCGCCUUUGCGUGCGCGGCGGCGGCGGCGCUCGUCGGUGCUGCCAUGGACGAAUGCGCGGAUGACCUCGGGAGAGCGCAUCGCUGCAUGCCCGAGUUCGUUAACGCCGCCUUCAACGUCACGGUGAUGGCCACCAACACAUGCGGGACCCCCCCGGAGGAGUACUGUGUCCAGACGGGCGCCACCGGCGUCACCAAGUCGUGCCACAUCUGCGACGCGCGCGACACGAGGAACCAACACAGCGCCGUCUACCUGACCGACUACAACAACCAGCAGGCCACCACCUGGUGGCAGAGUCAGACCAUGCUGGCCGGAGUCCAGUACCCCAACUCCAUCAACCUCACCUUGCACCUCGGUAAGGCCUUUGAUAUCACGUACGUGCGGCUGAAGUUCCACACCAGCCGGCCGGAGAGCUUCGCCAUCUUCAAGCGCAGCAGCGAGAGCGGCCCCUGGGUGCCGUACCAGUACUACAGCGGCUCGUGUGAGAAGACGUACCGAAAGACCAACCGCGGCUUCAUCCGCACCGGCGAAGAUGAGCAGCAGGCGCUCUGCACCGAUGACUUCAGCGAUAUCUCGCCGCUGACUGGCGGGAACGUGGCCUUCUCCACGCUGGAGGGUAGACCCAGCGCCUACAACUUUGACCACAGCCCUGUUUUGCAGGACUGGGUGACGGCCACCGACAUCAAGGUGACAUUGAACAGGCUCAACACGUUUGGUGACGAGGUGUUCAACGACCCCAAGGUGCUCAAGUCCUAUUACUACGCCAUCUCCGACUUCGCCGUGGGUGGAAGGUGCAAGUGUAACGGGCACGGCAGCGAAUGUAUAAAGAACAGCCGAGGGCGUCUGGUGUGCAACUGUAAACACAACACAGACGGCGACGACUGUAAUGUCUGCAAGGCUUUCUACAACGACAGACCUUGGAGGAGGGCCACCGCCGACAAUGCUAACGAGUGUCUGCCUUGCGAGUGUAACGGGAAGAGUUCGGAAUGCUACUUUGACACCGAGCUGUACAGGGCCACAGGUCACGGAGGUCACUGUUCAAACUGUGCUGACAACACGGACGGGCCCAACUGCGAGCGCUGCCUUGACUAUCACUACAAGGACCCAAGCGGCAGAGGCCGGUGCCUGCCCUGUGGGUGCAAUUCUGUCGGCUCUGAGUCGCCUCAGUGCGACAACAGAGGAGUGUGUGCGUGCAAAGCGGGCGUGACAGGAGAGAGGUGUGACCGCUGUCAGCCGGGAUUCCACAGUCUGACCGAGGCUGGAUGCAGGCCAUGCUCAUGCUCGCCAUCAGGGAGCACACAAGAAUGUGAUGUCAAUACGGGACAAUGUCGCUGCAAAGACAACGUGGAAGGUUUCACCUGUGACAGGUGUAAGUUGGGCUACUUCAACUUGGAAGCCAACAACCCUCAAGGCUGCACCCCGUGUUUCUGCUUCCAGCACUCGUCCGUGUGCCACAGCGCCGAUGGCUUCAGCGUGCACACCGUUAGCUCCUCCUUCUCUCAAGAUGAGGAACAGUGGAAAGGUGAGCAGCGGGAUGCUUCCGAAGUGUCGGUGCAGUGGUCUCCAAGCGGACAGGAGAUCUCCCUUAUCUCGGAGGAUUACUUCCCGAUGUACUUUGUGGCUCCAGACAAGUUUUUGGGGAACCAGUUGCUGAGCUACGGCCAAAACCUGAGCCUGAAUUUUCGAGUCGACCGGCGGGACACACGCUUGUCGGCCGAGGAUCUGGUUCUGGAGGGCGCCAACCUGCGUGUAGCCGUCCCCCUCAUCGCCCAGGGCAACGCUUACCCCAGCGAGAAUAUGCAGACAUACAUGUUCAGACUCCAUGACAGCACCGAUUACCCCUGGAGGCCGGCCAUCAGCCACUCGGACUUCCAGAAACUUCUCCACAACCUGACCUCCAUCAAAAUCCGCGGCACAUAUAGCGAAAGAAGUGCCGGUUACCUCGACGAUGUCUCCUUAGUGACGGCAAGACGGGGCCCGGGCGUUCCGGCCCGCUGGGUGGAGCAGUGCACGUGUCCUCAGGGUUAUCAGGGUCAGCACUGUGAGCAAUGCACUCUAGGCUUUCGCAGAGCUCGCCCUGACCUCGGACCUUUCAGUCCCUGCGAACCCUGCAACUGUAACCGCCACAGCGAUUCCUGCCACCCGCAGACAGGUGCAUGUGAGUGUCAACACAACACAGCCGGGCUGAGCUGCGAGCGCUGCAAGGAUGGUUUCUAUGGCGACGCAACCAGGGGCACGUCUGUGGACUGUCAGGCAUGUCCGUGUCCUGCGGGAGCCACGUGCGCUGUGGUCCCCAAAACUGGAGAGGUGGUCUGCACCAACUGUCCCACCGGCACCACAGGUAAGCGCUGCGAGGUGUGCGACGACGGCUUUUUCGGCGACCCGCUGGGCAAGGCCGGUCCAGUGCUGGCCUGCCGGGCGUGUAAGUGCAGCGACAACAUCGACCCCAACGCGGUGGGAAACUGCGACCGAGGCACAGGCGAGUGCUUGAAAUGCAUCUACAACACCGCCGGCUUCUUCUGCGACCGGUGCAAAGACGGUUUCUACGGCAAUGCCAUGGCAUCAAACACAGCCGACAAGUGCAAGCCCUGCUCCUGUUCUCCACUCGGCACUGUGGACCGGCAGACCAGCUGCUCCCAGGUGACGGGUCAAUGCUCGUGUCUUCCCAACGUGAUCGAGCGUGACUGCAGCGCUUGUCAGCCGGGAUUUUUUAAUCUGCAAAGCGGCAAUGGCUGCGAAAGGUGCAACUGUGACCCCAUCGGAUCCACAAACGGGCAGUGUGACAUCACCACGGGACAGUGCGAGUGUCAGCCCGGCGUCAAUGGGCCGCGCUGCGAACGCUGCGAGGUCAACUUUUUUGGCUUCAGCUCCUCCGGGUGCAAACCUUGUGACUGCGACCCCGAAGGUGCCCAGUCGGGUCAGUGCAAAGAAGAUGGCCGUUGCGAGUGCAGGCCUGGCUUUGUGGGCGCUCGCUGCGACAUGUGUGAGGAGAACUAUUUCUACAAUCGCUCGGCACCUGGAUGCCAGCAGUGUCCAUCUUGCUACAGCCUGGUCAGGGACAAAGUCAACCAACAGCGCCAGAAGAUCCACGAGUUGCAGACACUCAUCGAUAACCUCGGAUCGGGACAGGAGACGGUGAGCGACAAGGCCUUCGAGGACCGGCUUAAGGAGGCCGAGCGCGCCAUCGUUGACCUCCUAAAGGAGGCCCAGUCCAGCAAGGAUGUGGACAGAGCCCUCAUAGAGCGCCUAAACAACAUCAACAACACCCUGACAACGCAGUGGAACCGUCUGCAGAACAUCCGCAGCACAGUAGACGACACGGGGGGUCAAGCGGACCGUGCCCGCAAUCGUGUCCGCCAGGCGGAGAAUCUGAUUGACCGAGCCCGCCAGGAGUUGGACAAGGCCAAAGAGGCCAUUGGCAAAGUGGACAUCAAGGCACCGAGUGGCGGCGGCGAUCCCAACAACAUGACGCUGCUGGCCGAGGAAGCCCGCAAGCUGGCGGACAAGCAUAAGAUGGACGCUGACCAAAUUGAAAAGAUCGCCAAAGACGCAAACGACACAUCCACCAAAGCGUACAACCUGCUACUCAAGACCCUGGACGGCGAGGGAAAGACCAGUCAGGAGAUAGACGAGCUCAACAGGAAGUACAAUGAGGCGGUGGAAUUGGCCAAGAACUUGGAGAAACAAGCCAACAAAGUUCAGGCAGAGGCUGAGGACGCAGGAAACCAAGCUCUGAAGAUUUUUGCCAACCUCACCAGCUUGCCACCCUUUGACACCCAAGUCUUAGAGGAGGAUGCCAACAAGAUCAAGAAGGAGGCAACAGACCUCGACCAGCUGAUCGAUAAAACAGAGAAGGAGUACAAAGACCUUCGAGAUGACCUGAGGUCCAAAGAGCUGGAAGUACGCAAACUUCUGGAGAAAGGAAAUAGUGAGCAGCAGACCGCCGAUCAGCUGCUGGCCCGAGCCGACGCUGCCAAGGCUCUCGCCGAGGAGGCAGCUAAGAAAGGCCAGUCUACCUUCCGAGAGGCUGAGAAUAUCCUGGAUGACCUUAGAGAUUUCGACCGUCGUGUCAAUGACAACAAAACCGCAGCAGAGGACGCUCUGAAGAGGAUCCCGUCCAUCAGUGCCACUAUCGCUGCCGCCAAUGAGAAGACUCGGCAGGCGGAGGCGGCGCUCGGCACUGCGGCUGCAGACGCCCGUGAGGCAAAGAGUAAGGCGGAGGAGGCUGAGCGAAUCGCGGGGAAUGUGCAGAAGGGGUCAGCCAAGACCAAGGAAGACGCCGAAAAGGCCCUAGAGGACUCCAAUAAGCUGGACGGUGAGGUGGAUGCCAUGAUGGAUCAAUUGAGUGCAGCUGAGCAGGAGCUGAGCAGGAAGAAAGCGGAGGCGGAUCAGGACAUGAUGAUGGCCACCAUGGCGUCCGACAACGCCAAGGAAGCUGAGGACAAUGCCCGUAAGGCCAAGAGCGCCGUCAAGAUGGUCCUGGGCACCAUCACCGCCUUGUUGGAUCAACUCGGAAACAUUGACAAGGUGGACCUGAGCAAACUCAACCAGAUUGACGAGUCACUGAAGCGCGCCAAAGGCAAGAUGGCCGAUAGUGAGCUGGACAGAAAGCUUAUGGAAUUGAAUGACGUGGCGCGGACGCAGGACGCCAUGAUCAAUGACUACGACCGGCAGAUCCGCGAGAUCCGCGCUGACAUCGCCAACCUCAACGACAUCAAGAACACGUUACCUGACGGCUGCUUUAACACGCCGUCUCUUGAGCGGCCUUAACCCUGCCCCUGUCUAGCAGACACGCCCACUUGUACCAAAAGCAGUUUUUAAACUUGUCUGUUUUUUUGUUUUUUUUGUUUGUUGUUUUUGUUCCACUAGCGUGCUUUCGCUAGAAUGAACUCAGUGACGGAGCAAAGCCGUGCACAGAACCAGAACCACAAACCCAACGUGACUGCACACAUUCGCUGCACACAGGAAGUCCCUCCCACUGCCAAUUUCCUGUGUGUAAGCUGCCAUUACCCAUCAUGCCCCGGGAGAUGCUGGCUACUUGAGUGUCAGUUAGCAGCACGCCACUGCUCAUAGUGCUUGUUAAUUCACGUAGACGGCAAGACAGCUAGCACAGGAAGUGACGUCUGAGUGCAGCCUUGUAAGAUUUGAUUUUCUAGCCUAUGCGGAUUCACUCUCACCCAUGCCACAUUCUGAGGGAACAGCAGGUGGCCGUCUUGGGACACCCUUCAGCUAGCAGAUGCUAAGCUAAACCCGCUAUCAGUCAAUCAUGCUAACCAAGCCAGCGACUAAUCAAAGUAUGGAUGUCCCACCUCUGCUGGCCGAUGUUCCCUCAAUAUGUUCUCGCGUGAAGCCCCGCCACCCACGGAGUCCACGUCUGACACUAUGCAACUUUUGUACAUUUUGUUUUCUGAUACACUGGUGCUAAUUAUAUUUGUGUGAAUGUUUAUUUUUAUUUGUGUAAAUACGCGCCUCUCAAACAGAACCUGCAGGUGCACGUGCACGCUCGCCACGGCCCAAAUGUCAGUUUGUUGGAUUUUCAUUAAGCUGACUAUUGAGUAUUGUUGUAUCGUUUGAUGGCAUGUCUGAAGUCACAUGACUGAAGUUAACAAGUAGUUAACCUUUUAUUUUUAUUUUUUUUAAUGAGUGUUUGUGCCUUAAUAUGAGUUUGUAAUCACACUCCUGGUGGUCCUUCAAGCCGUCUACGUAUUGAAACAGGUUCUCAUGUUGGACCACUACCACUCUUCCCUCCAGCCACACGUGUAUAUGUAUAUGUAUACAGUGUACAAUAAACAACAGUAUUUCUAAGUUA